CAGCAUGAAAGUCCUCCUGUUGCUAGCAGCUGUGAUCAUGGCCUUUGGCCCAAUACAGGUCCAGGGGAACAUUGUGCAGUUUGGGGAAAUGAUUCGGGUUAAGACAGGAAAGAAAGCUGUGAUUAGCUACGCCUUCUAUGGUUGCCACUGUGGCGUAGGUGGCAAAGGAUCCCCCAAGGACGCCACAGAUCGGUGCUGUGUAACUCAUGACUGUUGCUACUACCAUCUGGAGAAACUUGGAUGUGGCACAAAGUUCCUAGAAUACAAGUUCUCUCACAAAGGGGGCCAAAUCACCUGUGCUGCAAACCAGAACUCCUGUCAGAAACAGCUGUGUCAGUGCGAUAAAGCCGCCGCUGAAUGUUUCGCCCAGAACAAGAAAAGCUACAGUUUAAAGUACGAGUUCUACCCCAACCUGCUUUGCAAAGGGAAGAAGCCCAGUUGCUGAAAGAGCCAUCUUGUGAAACACCCGGCCAUGCGCAUCUCCUCCAACACCUCUCCCAGCCCAAUCAAGUUCCCUGGUAAUAAAGAAAACAUCUCUCUACCAACCUAGAGGCAAGGUGGGAGCCCUUCUGUUUUCACCCAGAAAGAAAGGCCGAAGCCUGCUGGGUCAGCCUGACCUUUCCCCUACCACUCCACUGCCUUGAAUCUGCCCACUUCCACCUUUCCCUUGGUAUCCAACUUCCUACUUCAAAGUACCUAAGAGAGUCCUGACAGACUCUCACAAGUAAAGCAACUCAUCA